AUGAAGUGGGUUUUUCCUUUGAUUUUGGCCUUUGUGCCUUGGGCAGUGGCAGAUUUUGGCAACACGACUGAGUUGCUCAAGACUCUGCCCAGUUGUUCAUCUCCUUGUUAUGAAGAUGCAUUUGGGAAAUCAGGAUGCAGUACUGCCGAUGUAGCCUGCUUGUGUGGAGGAGGACAAAAGACGAUCAAGACAGCUGAAGGAUGUGCCGCCCAAGCCUGCCAUGUCAAAGACAGCCUGACAACUCUUAACAUGACCUACACCUACUGCGAUUAUCCCGUCCGAGACAAGACCUCCAUCUUCAUAAACGUUACCAUCGUCCUCGGCGUCAUCUCCGGUGUUUCAAUUCUUCUCCGUCUCGGCACAAAAUACUUCCUCAGCAAUGCCGACUAUGGUCUCGACGACCUUUUCAUUUGUCUCACACUUCUUAUCGGAAUGCCUUCGACUGCGAUGAAUAUCCAUGGUACAGCCGGACAUGGAGAGGGUCGUGAUAUCUGGACCCUCGAAUUUGACACAAUCACCAAAUUCGGCUUUUAUUUCUGGCUCCUCGAAGUAUUCUACUUUGCCCAAGUCUCGUUCCUCAAGACGUCUUUGUUGUUCUUCUAUCUUCGCAUCUUUCCCGGUAAAGCGCAGAAGCUUCUCUGGGGAACCAUCAUUUUCAACACUGUGUAUGGUAUCGUCUUUAUUUUCGUGGCUGCCUUUCAGUGCACGCCUGUCAACUAUUUCUGGCUCAGCUGGGAUGGCGAGCAUAAAGGGACAUGUUUCAACAUUGCAUCUAUCGGUUGGGCAAAUGCAGCUAUCAGUAUCAUCUUGGAUUUUUGGAUGCUGGGCAUUCCGAUGUGGUACAUCCGUAAGCUCAAACUACACUGGAAGAAGAAGAUUGGUGUCGCCGCCAUGUUUGUCGUUGGAACUUUUAUCACCGUUGUGAGCAUCAUCCGCCUACAGUACAUCGUCCACCUUGGAUCUUCAACAAAUCCAACCUAUGACCAAACAGAUGUAUCGAUCUGGUCAACAGUGGAGAUCAACAUCGGCAUCAUCUGCGCAUCCAUGCCCGCUCUGCGGGUUCUUAUCGUCCGCAUCUUCCCAGCCCUCGGUGGCUCUUCCAACGACUCAAGCAAGUACAACAACUAUAGCGAAAACUACGGCCGCAAGUCACACGUAUUAAGUCGCAGUCGGGCUGCUCGUGUGGAGCUCCCUUCUGAAACAGGGGACUCAGACCACUCGCCUGAGCAUGGAGGAAUCGAAAUGCAUAGAACAUUUCAGGUGCAGUACAGUGAGAAUGAUGAGCAGAGUUUGGUCGACGGGCCGAACAGGUACAAUAAGACGCAGGUUGUAUCGGAAACAAGGAGGUCACGCGAUACCGGCGAUUCGCGAUAA